AUGGAUCCUAUGAAUCCAUAUAGUGAGUCUGGCUUCCUUGAUCUCUUAAAUAGUCAACAAAAUCCACAAAUGCAACCUGUAACACCAGCGAAUGUUGAACCAACCAUUCAACUCGGUGAGUCAGAAGCUUUUCUGUUUGAGAGUCAAUGGACCGAAGCUCCAAGUGAAGAUGAAAGCACAGUCAAAGAACCUAGAAAGAUUGCAACUUACUAUGCAUCAAGUCGCAAACUUGCUGGAAUGGAGAAGAGGGUGCCGCAGCAUUGCAAGAACAGGUGGGCCAAGAUAAAUGAGCAAGUCUGCAAAUUUGUAGGUUGCUAUGCUUCUGCAACCUCUCAGAAAACAAGUGGACAAAAUGAAGAUGAUGUGUUGAAGCUUGCAAAUCAGCUGUAUUUGAAUGAUCACAAAGCCAAGUUCACCUUGGAAAAUUGUUGGAGAGAGCUUAGAAAUGAUCCAAAAUGGUGCCUUUCUAAUGGUAGUGGACAGCCUAAAAGAAGAAGGACAGAUGAAGAUUCUCCAAGCUCACAUGUUCAUGUUGGAUGUGAAGGGUUGCGGCGGCCAGAAGGUGUGAAGGCAGCAAAGGCAAAAGCCAAGAAAAAUAGAUCAUAG